GCGGGCAAGACACUUGUGUCGGAGGUGUCGGGACACUGUGAUCCGGGACACAUCUUCGCCGUUAUGGGACCUUCCGGCUCGGGAAAGACAACCUUGCUGAACGCUCUGAGCGGCCGAGUGCGGUGCGAGGGCUCCGUAUGGCUGGGGGAGCGGCCGCUGUCUCGUAAGCUGCGACACCUCGUGGGGUACUCCACCCAACACGACCUCUUCCACCCACACCUCCGUCUGCGCCAAAUGCUCCAGUUCACGGCGGAGCUGAGGCUGCCCCACGCGAUGUCGCAGGCGCAGAAGGUGGCCGCCGUGGACGCCGUCAUCGACCUGCUCGGCCUGCAGCACUGCCAAGACACCACACCCACUACCUCCCUCAGCACCCACUCCCUCCCUCAGGAGCCCACCUCAGGGCUGGACGCCCACGCGGCCCACUCCCUCAUCGCUAACCUGAAGGCGCUGGCGGUGCAGGAAGGGCGCGCCGUGGUGCUGUCCCUCCACCAGCCCUCCUCCAGGAUCUUCCAUAUGUUGGACACCGUCCUGCUGCUGGCCAAGGGACAGCCCGCGUAUCUUGGCCCCAGCGGGGACGUGGCCCCAUACAUGGCCCAGCUGGGCCUACCAAUCCAGCCGAACUACAACCCUGCGGACUUCUUGUUGGAAGUGGCCACCGAAUACUCUGAGCGUCUGAUACGUCACUACUCGGAGACGCAUCGAGCAGGCAACGUCGUACGUCAGUCCAAGAACCCUCCUCCGUGGGUCUUCCAUCAACGUCUCUCGUCACUCUCUGCGUCACAAUCCAAGCCCAUUCUAGGCACCGACGUUGACGACGACGAUGCUUCGUCGUCUCAUGAACGUCUAGACGUCG